CUCUUCUCCCUCCGCUCCUCCUCCACUUCGUUAUUCCUUCUUUCUUCCUCUUUCAUUCUGCUUCUUCACAUUCAUCGCAUUCCUUCUCUGUCAUCGCCUUCAUUGCAUUCUAGCAUUCACCUUAGGCUUUACUUAAUUCCUCCAAUCGCUUUUGCUCUAUCUGAAUAUGGAUCAGUUAAAACACCGAAGCAACAACACAAAGGCUCUCUUUCGUGGUCAACCAUUGUCGGAUGAAUCACAGUUCAUGGCUGAGGAUGAACAAGAGCAGCUCAUUGAGUCGCUAAGGAAAUCAAACGAGAAAGCCAAUGAUGCAUUCAAGUUUGUCUUGCUCUUAUUUUCAAUCAUGGAGAUCUUUAUACAUCUCGGGUUUACUGCAUAUGCAUGGUCAAGGAACAAAUCUAUGUCUGGGCUUCCAUUGCCGGACAAUGCUGACCAGUCCAUUUCUCCAGGAUUUGCCACUAUUUUUUCAUUGAUCUCAUUUUUCAUUGGUAUAUUCAUUAUCUGGGACAUGUGCAAUAUCAGUCGCACUGUUGUGGUAGGUUGGACUUUUGUGUCAUCUGUGCCUCUAGUGCUGAUGAUGGGAUCGACAGAGUUUUCGUUUGAGUUGAUGUGGUGGUCAAUGCCGUUGUUACUUCAGGCCGUGGACCUCGCAAGCUUGUGGAUCAUGAGAGACCCUGAUGAGGACUUUUUACGACUCGAGAAAAGUCAAUACAAGCUGAAAAGUGCAUAGUGAUGGAUCAAAAUAUUUCGCCCAAAAUGAAUAAACAUUCCAAUAAAAAUGAACCACAGCAAGCCAGAGCUGAG